CGCGGGGAAAUAGUCAGGAGAUCUCGCGAGACAAAGUGACCUCGAGAAGCCAGAUUUGGGGGAGGAGGGGAGGGAGGAAGUGUCUCUCGCGAUAGACACGGCAAGCACACAGCUCGUGGAAGGGAAGGUGUGGUGAGGACUCUCGCGAGACCUGAAGGCACCGCAGCCGCCGCGGCGGCCGGAGUGGAGAGGACCGGAAGUCCUUCCUCCCGAGCACCCAGUGCUGGAGGCGGCCUGACUUUCUUUCCCGGAAGCCCUGCUCUAGCAGCUGGGAAGACAGCCCACCUGUCCGGAAGUCCCGCCUCUUCGAGCGCCCCCACCCAGAAGUUUUUCUGUCACCUGUUUGCCUUGGUCUCCCUUCCCGAGCUUGUCCCUGUACCCGAGUAGGAUACGUUUAGUGCCUCCUUCCCCGCCCUCACCGAACGGGUUGGCUGCCCCACUCCCGGACCCGGGGUUCCUUCCCCGCGCCCCCAUGUAGCUGGGAAGCGGGGCCUGGGGGCGGUUGGACCCCUGGGAGCCUGAAGGAGAGGCGGAGAGGGCGCGCACCUCCGCUGCUGCUCCUGCUACCGGGACGCGGCCUCUCCUGCCGCUCCCCUCCCGCUGCCAUGCACCCCGCGGCCUUCCCGCUUCCUGUGGUUGUGGCUGCCGUGCUCUGGGGAGCGACCCCCACCCGCGGGCUCAUUCGAGCGACCUCAGACCACAAUGCCAGCAUGGACUUUGCAGACCUGCCAGCGCUCUUUGGGGCUGCCCUGAGCCAAGAGGGACUUCAGGGCUUCCUUGUGGAGGCUCACCCGGCCAAUGCCUGCAGCCCCAUUGCCCCACCGCCCCCAGCCCCGGUCAACGGGUCAGUCUUUAUUGCACUGCUUCGAAGAUUCGACUGCAACUUUGACCUCAAGGUCCUCAAUGCUCAGAAGGCAGGGUACGGUGCAGCUGUGGUGCACAACGUGAACUCCAACGAGCUUCUGAACAUGGUGUGGAACAGCGAGGAAAUCCAGCAGCAGAUCUGGAUCCCGUCUGUGUUUAUCGGGGAGAGGAGCUCCGAGUACCUGCGCACCCUCUUCGUCUACGAGAAGGGGGCUCGGGUGCUGCUGGUCCCAGACAACAGCUUCCCUUUGGGCUACUACCUCAUCCCUUUUACAGGGAUCGUGGGGCUGCUGGUUUUGGCCAUGGGAGCAGUGAUGAUAGUCCGUUGUGUCCAGCACCGGAAACGGCUCCAGCGGAAUCGACUGACCAAAGAGCAGCUGAAACAGAUUCCCACACAUGACUAUCAGAAGGGUGAGGGGCACAAGGGGGAGACGGGGCCUUUCUCCCAGAUGGUUCCAAAGGAGUUUGAGCUCAAGAGACCAGGGGCAGAGAUGCCACCCUUCCUUCGCUCUGUCCACAUGGCCGGAGACCAGUAUGACGUCUGUGCCAUCUGCCUGGACGAGUAUGAGGACGGGGACAGGCUGAGGGUGCUCCCCUGUGCUCAUGCCUACCACAGCCGCUGUGUGGACCCCUGGCUCACCCAGACCCGGAAGACCUGCCCCAUCUGCAAGCAGCCUGUCCAUCGGGGUCCUGGGGACGAGGAACAGGAGGACGAAACUCAGGGGCCAGAGGGUGAUGAAGAAGGGGAGCCAGGGGACCAACCUGUCUCAGAACGGACCCCGCUUCUGGGCUCCAGCCCCACACCUCCCACCUCCUUCGGCUCCCUGGCUCCAACCCCUCUGGCCUUCCCUGGAUCUCCAGCAGAUCCCCCGCCUGCUCCCUCCUCUUCAGCUGCCGUGCUGGUCUAAUAAUCCCCUUGCCCCCCCCGCCCCCCCAGACCUAUUUGCACAGCCCCUUUUCCUCCCUCCGGUUUCCUGGCUUGAGGGACAGGGGACAUGUCCACCCCAGGUUUCUCCCUUGCCCAACCCCAUCCUUUUGAAGGGGUUGAGGGUGUAGAGGGACUGGGUCUUCGUUUUCGGGGUUAAUAAAACAGUUUUUGUGAACUGAG